AUGAACUACCCAACGAUCGCAACCGUUGCUGGGCAACAAGAUAGGAGGCUGCCGGUCUUUAUCCCAAGUCUCGUCAAUUACCCUCCUAUCUAUUACCAGCCUCCUGCGUACUUUUCCUCGGGAAUGUACAGAGAAGCCCCUAUUACUGCAUCAGCAAGCAAUGCCAGUACCAACGCCAACAUGAACCGGCUUGUCAACACCAAGCUCUGCAGCCGCUACCUCUCCAAAGGAUACUGCAAGAGAAGAGACUGCACCUUUGCUCACUCUGUCGAAGAACUGCGGCCAGUCCCAGACCUGAGGUGCACCAAGUGGUGCCGCUUCGUCUUCUUUGGCCUGAACUGCAACGACUCGCGUUGCCCUUAUGCUCAUUCGAAAGAGGAGUUACAGCCCCAGCCAGACGAAUUUAAGACAACUGUAUGCAGAUUUGCUAAACGCGGAAAGUGUCUGAAUGGAGAGUACUGCAGGUUCCUCCAUUUGCCACAAGAUAGGCAGCAGCUGAACCACCAAGGAAAACGCGCAAAUUGGCGCGCCAAUCGUCCGGCUGGUCGUCGCGUUGGUGAAGACCUGACUAUUAUUCCUCUUCCAAAUACGGAAGCGGAACGGGAAAUUACCGUCUCUCAGGGGGAAGUUGAAGUCUCCGCUCCUCCUUCUACGCCUGCGUCAUCAGUAGCUGCGUCCGCUGGUGCGAACAUGAACAUAGAAGCGCGCCCAAGAUUGGUCAACCGUUCACGCCCCACUCGUCAAUUCGCGGAAAUCUACCAGUCCAGUGAAGCCGAGGACAUGCCCCAGGAACCAAUGCCGACCAACCCCGCCAGCAGAUUUCCCAAGGGAGCCAUACUCGUACCCAACAGUCUCUCACGCGACACUACUAGGGACGAACUCCACGCCUCAGUCGAAACGACGCUAAACAGUGGAGAUCCAAAUUGA